GAUUCGCCAGUCAGUUGCAGUCAGGACUCAGGACGUGCGACGUUCACACGCUUGGUAAAUCUGGUCGAGAUAUAUUUUUUUUUAUAUUUGUGUUUUUUUUUUCACAGUUUUGUAGUGCUUGCAAACACAUGACGACAACAAUCAAAAUUAUAAUAAUAUAGUGAAUAUUAAUAAUAACAACCAACGCCACCACGCGCAAUACAUUUCAUCGGAAAACUCUCUUCGCCGGUGUCGUCAUCCGUUAUCAUACAAACGGCCUUCAAGUUUGAUCACACCAUCGCCACCCACAGCAGAAGUCACAUAGUUCACACGCUAGAAACGUCGACAAGCAGAGAAAUAUUCACGAUGAACAAUAAAAUCAAGAAACUAUACAAAAUCGUACUGACCGGUGGUCCUUGUGGUGGGAAGACAACAGGACAGUCACGAUUAUGUACAUUCUUUGAAAAUUUAGGAUGGAAGGUUUACAGAGUUCCAGAGACUGCGAAUGUUCUAUUAAGUGGAGGCAUCAAAUUUUCGGAAUUAAGUGACGAACAAGUCUAUACAUUUCAAGAGAACCUUCUCAAAUGUAUGUUACAGUUAGAAAAAACGUACUUUGAACUGGGUGAAUCGUGCGAUCAAGACUGUCUAAUUAUUUGUGAUAGAGGUGCCAUGGAUGCUUCUGCAUAUAUGCCUAGUGAUAAAUGGAAUCUUAUAAUGAAAAAAAACGGAUUGAACAUGAUUGAUUUGAGAGACAAUCGCUACAAUCAAAUAAUUCACAUGGUAUCUGCUGCAUGUGGGGCUGAACAUUUUUAUACAACUGAGAAUCAUACGAGCAGGAGUGAAGACAUUGCCCUAGCUAAAAGUUUAGACAUCAAAGCGUCAGAGUCAUGGAUUGGACACCCAUACUUUGAUGUCAUUGAUAAUUCAUCAGAUUUUGAAAAUAAAAUAUGCAGAAUGAUAGCUACUGUUUGUCGAAAUUUGGGCAUAGACACUGUUGAUAGAUUAGCAUCUAACUCAAAAAAACGUAAAUGGCUGGUGAAAUAUCUACCUAAAGAUGAGUUCUUCCCUCCAUUUCAAGAUUUUAAGGUGGUACACAACUACUUGCAGACAUAUACAAAUAAUAUGCAAGCUCGCCUACGAAAACGAGGACAAAAAGGGCAUUGGAAUUAUACACAUACAAUUCGUAAGCCUAAGGUCCAAGGUCAAGUAGUAGAAGUGAGAACGCAGAUUAGUCAAAGAGACUAUAUGAAUAUGUUGCAGCAGAAAGAUGAAACCCACUAUCCAGUUCAUAAGAAAAGGCGAUGCUUUAUACAUCACAAUCAGUAUUAUCAGUUGGACAUUUAUUGUAAACCUUGUCAUAAAAGGUGUGAAAAGUUGAUAUUACUAGAGACGUAUUCCAUUCUUGAAGGCCAAGAGCUUCUUGACCGUUUACCAAAAUUCCUAGACAUUGAAGCUGAGGUUACUGGUAACGCAGAGUAUUCAAUGUUCAAUUUAUCACUUGCUGAAGAUUGGGACAAGUCAAACAAUUUUUGUCACUAUUUAGAACCAGCUGAUGAAGGCCUGAAUGUAAGUGAUCAUAAAACCAACCAAGUUAGCUACAUUCAUGCGAACAGAAAACAAAGAAAAUAAUGAUUUGGUUU